ACCAUGAGUGAAUGUGUGUUUAUGUGUGUAAGAAAAAGCAGGAAGUACCUGGGACUGCUAUAAGAGACACAUCUUCUAUCACCUACUAACAGGAAGACUGUUUUUUUGUCAUUACUGGAGCUUGUUCACAAGGACAUAAAGGAUGGGAUGGAUUUUCAUGUUGUUUUUUGCCGUGGGCAGUAAAGUGGGUCAACACCUGAGUAGGAGCUGAAAGGAGAAGCUGAACUGAGACAGUUUUGUCCCUCUGAAAGAGCACAAGAGAGGAAGGAAAUACUAAACUUUCUGGGAAUACAAGAGAGAAAGAAUACAGAACUGGAAAGAAAAUACUGUCUUUUUGGAAAACUAAUAGAAACAGUUGAAUUCUGGUGCUUUUACUAAAUUCAGCACAAAAUCUAAUCUGGUGAUUAAUAUUCUGCUUAACUGUUGUUGCUUGGAACAAUUUCAAGUUGUUUUGUAUUAUUAUUUUGGGCUCAUUUUUAUGCCUUGAUUCAACCACAAAGAUAAUCCAUCACCUUUCAGCUUCAGUGAUCAAACAUUCCAAGUGAUCUACAGUGCAGAUAAAGGAGAGAGCAUUUCCUCUAUUCACACGGAAAAAGACACAAACAUACUCCACUGUACUUCCACCAUGCAGGCACCGACACCUGAGCACGAUGACACUUUUGAUUUCCUUUUUAAGAUCAUCCUUAUUGGGGACACCAACGUGGGGAAGACCUGCGUGCUCCAGAAUUUCAAGUCAGGGGUUUUCUCUGAGAAACAGCAGAAUACUAUUGGGGUGGAUUUUACAGUGAGGACUGUGGAUAUUGAAGGAAAGAAAGUAAAGAUGCAGGUGUGGGACACAGCAGGUCAGGAGAGGUUUCGCACCAUCACGCAGAGCUACUAUCGCAGUGCUCAUGGUGCCAUGAUCGCCUAUGACAUCACACGAGGCUGCACCUUUGACUCGGUGGAGCAUUGGAUCAAGGAGGUAGAGUUGUAUGGAGCUGCCAAUGUACUCUUGGUGCUAAUAGGCAAUAAAUGUGACCUGGAGGAGGAACGGGAGGUCCCGUUUGAGAAAGCUUGCAGUCUGGCUAAAGAAAGAGGUAUACUAGUUGCUUUGGAAACAUCUGCAAAGGAAAGUCAGAAUGUGGAAGAAGCCUUCUUGAUGAUGGCCAGGGAGCUGCUGUAUCGUAAUGGCCUUUAUGUCCAGCAGGGUGACGUUGAGAGAGACGGCAUGCCUCGGAUUCUCCUCAGGGAGAACUCUCGACCAAUCGACGUCAGCAUAGGCGCCUACAUUCCACCAGAGAAAGAGAAGAAGUCAUGUUGCUGAUGCAGAGAAAGUGUGACUGAAGAUACCGAACAACUUGAAGGACAUUUUAUGUAUCAGGACUGUUGAGGAAUAAAAGAAAGCAUAAUGUGGAGCUGAGGCAUGGGGAACUGAGAAUCUGCUACAAAGCAGAUAUUAAAGAGUUGGUGAAGAAAUAUUAAUUGUAUCUGAUCUAAGAGGAAUGCUGAUGGGGCAUCUUGACAAGCAAGAUCAGUGACCAGUGUUCAGAGGGAGCUGUAGUCCAACAACCUUUUUUCAUAACAACAGUGAUGAAAGUGAUUCAUGAUGCCACACUAUCUAAUUAUUACAAUUUUAAAUUCAAAUGUUAUAAAUUUACAUCUUAGGAGCACUUACUGGCCUCAGCCAUGUUGUCUUUAACACAAUAAAAGCAGUGUGCUAAGCGUUUAGGGUUUCUUUAAAGGGCAAUUUUGUUAGAAUGAUGUUGUAAUGCUUUUACAACUUCUGUAUUUUACCCAUGUGCUGUCUCUAUGACAGGUUUUGAUCUUCUCUUCCUACACUGUGGAUCUAAAACAACUUGCCAUACACAAAAACACUGUGAACUAUAUAUGUAUCCGAAUUUAUUUCAUGACACAGCUGCACAAAUAAUAAUGCCAAUAAUAAUAAUAAUGAUGUUUUUUUUUUUUUUUCGAGUAGCCCAGCCUGUUCUGAACUUAAAAUGAGGCAGGACAAAGUCUGACCUCUGAGGACAAUGGAUCAUUUGACGUUUCCAACCCAUUUCUAAUAGAAACGUGAGGCCUACUGAAGUGACAUUGUCUGAACACUAGAUGGUGCUGUGCUGCAACACAUGAUUAUAAAUAGACCACCUUAUUGUCAUUUUCUGGAAAAGACAAACUGUACUAUUACAGUAUGGUUAUUACACAAAAAAGAUGUUAUUAGUUGUUGAAACAAUCAUUGUGUGUGCAUCAUCCGGCCUCAAAACAGAUAUUGUGUCUUGUUGAAGCGCUCCAACCUCUCAAAAUAUUUGCUAUAUUUUGUUAAGUUUCAUUCACACACCCCAACCACCCCCCACCUCGUUACCUUACGCCAUGAAAUUGUCAUGCAUCAGUAUGGGCUGGAAAAAAAUAUGUGCUCUAUACAGCAAGCAAUUAAUGAUUCAUAUCGGGCUUGGCUAUAAAAUCAUUUAUUUUCUUGCUUUUGAUUAAUGUACUUGCUAAAAAUGGAAAAAUUCAUUUUUUGAAAAUUAUCCUUUCCCGGAAGUAGGGUAAGUAUUUGAAUUAAGAGUCCAAAUGACACAAAAAUUAUAGUAGACUUAAUGUUUCUGUAGUCAUUCCUGCUCAAUAUCAGACCACUUUAAUAAAUGUUCUACUGGUCAGUCUCAGUAGGGCUUAAGACAAGUUCUCAGCAAUGUCCUCGUAGAAGAAGUUGAGUCAAUGUCUGCUUCCUGUCAUUUCUUGUGUUUGUACAGUACGCUCCAAUUAAAUGUGUCUACCUACA